UUGGUACUUCUUCUUGAACUUGUAUUCACAUUCACUUCUUCUAUUAUAAAUGAAAAUAACACGGUUAAUAGCGUAAAUGUGGCAGCUACUACCGACGACGACGAGAAUCCAGUUGAUUCCCCUUUAUUUUCAUUUCCUUCGAAUUGUACGGAUUUACAAAAAUUAUGCAAAUUUUGGGCGUCGAUUGGUGAAUGUGAAACUAACAAACGUUGGAUGGAAGAUCGCUGCCAAUUAUCAUGCAAUUUAUGCAAUGAUAGCAGAAUCUGCCAAGAUGGCCAUCAGUUUUGUAAGGUUUGGUCCGAAAAUGGCGAAUGUGAAGCGAAUGCAGCAUGGAUGUUGUUAAAUUGUCAACAUUCAUGCAAUGCAUGUGGAGGUACGUAUGUGCUUCAUCUUAUUGAAAUGCAAGGUAUUAAUCUGUCGAAUUUCAAUAUAUCGAUAAGGAAGACGUUAUCAGUGAAUGACAUUAAGCGAAGCAAUAUUCGAAUUGGAUGUGUUUCGAAGCUUAGUUCAACAAAUUGUGCAACAAAUCUUUGUUUUCACAUGAGAUUUCGUACAUUCGAUGGUACUUGCAACAAUUUUGAUUCUCCGUUGAAAGGAGCAGCAUUCAGACCUUAUAUACGAUUGCAGAAGGCUAAAUAUGGUGAUGGAAUCAAUUCGCCAAUUUCAUCGACUUUAAAAACACGACCUUCAGCUCGAGAAGCAUCUCGACUAAUGUUAACAUCUGAAAUUCAGGUGGUAAGCACAUCGAAUGCUUUACUUAUGCAGUGGGGUCAGUUCAUAAGCCAUGAUAUGGCGAAAACUACCACUCUCAACAAUGAGGAAUGCGGAACUUGUGAAGCAAAUAGUAAAUGUACAAAUGUACUUCUUUCUCGAUUAGAUCCCACCUUUGGUAGAUUUCAAUGUUUGCCAGUUGCACGAUCAACUCCAAUCUGCGGAAGUGGUUUGCUGUCCCCUCGAGAACAAUUCAAUGAGAAUACAGCAUAUAUUGAUGGAUCGGGCAUCUAUGGUAGUUCAGAAAUCGACCAAGCCAUAUUUCGUCAAGGAGCUUUCAUGAAGACUAAUAUAAUUGCGAAUCGUAUCUUUCCACCCGUUGAUUCUAAUGAAAAUAUUAUUGCUGGCGAUGAUCGUGCCAAUUUAUUUGUCGGUUUGGCCGCACUUCACGUACUUUUUGUUCGUGAACAUAAUCGUUUGGCUAUGAUAUUGCAAAAAUUGAAUCAACACUGGGACCAAGAACGAAUAUUUCAAGAAACACGACGGAUUAUCGGUGCAGCGUUGCAACAUAUCACUUAUAAGGAAUAUUUGCCUCGAAUACUUGGUAAAAAAUAUGAAGAAUUAAUUGGCGAAUAUAAGGGAUACAAUAAAAGCAUUGAUGCUACAAUCGCUAAUGAAUUUACUGGAUGCGCUUUCAGAUUUGGUCACGGAAUGAUACAGGAAUUCUAUCCAUUCUUAGAUAAAAACUAUCGUCACUUUGCUGAAAUAUCAUUCAAUGAAGGUAUGUUCAAGACUGCUCACCUCCUUGUGAAUGGCAUUGAUCCAGUUUUGCGUGGUUUAAUGAGUUUGCCGGCUAAAAUGCCUCAGAGAUUGACUCCAGCUGCUACGGAGAAAAUAUUCGGCAAUUCAGAUUUGGGAUCUAUAAAUAUCCAACGAGGUCGCGAUCAUGGUAUUCCAGGUUUUAUUGCAUGGCGAAAUUUCUGUGGCCUUCCUGAAAUUCAUUCAUUUGAUGAUCUCAACGCUACUAUACAGAAUCCAACGUUGAGAUCAAAUUUGGAAAUUUUGUAUAAUAAAGUUGAAAAUAUCGAUAUGUAUGUUGGCAGUCUAUUAGAAGAUCCAAUUGAACAAGGAAUUGUUGGCCCAACUAUCGCUUGCAUUAUAUCCGAACAAUUCAAGAGGCUAAGAGAUGGGGACAGGUUUUAUUAUGAAAAUGAAGACAUUUUUUCGCGGAAACAAAUCGAAGAAAUUAAAAAAUUGACAUUAGCACGAAUUUUAUGCGACGCAGGCGAAGAUAUGGGUUCAGCACCCAUUAAUGCUUUUCAACAAGUUGAUUUUGACGAACUCGUUUCCUGUGAUUACAUACCGAAACUUGACUGGCGUCUUUGGAAAGAAACACGUAAUGCUUGA